AUGUCUGAUGCGGGACGGAUCCGGGCUCAUCGAUCUGGGCUCAGUGGCGGACGAGGACGGGUUCAUACAGCGCCUCAAACCCCUGCCAUCAGCGCCACAAAACACGGACGUGCUGCUGUCCUUCAGCCCGUGUCUGGCCUUCUCACAGCCCGAGGACUUCACCGUCUCUGACUGCACCGAUGUGGCUGCUUGUGUCAUUAGAAGGAUUCACCAGGACAACAUGUACAUCACUCAAUACUUGAACUACGGCAGACAUGAGGGCAAUAAAUUCAGCUAUGACGACUCAACGAAGACGCUCUCUGUGUCUUAUUACAUGUUUUCUGACAGCGAGCCUCAGACUGUAGUUCAUUACCGAUGCAGCCCGAAUCACUCCAUCACAUCCAGCGAGAGCUUCAGCGCUGGUGCGCCCCUGCAGAUGUGGGUGGAGAGCCCAUGUGCGUGUCCGAACGCCUGUGCGCCGGUGGACGUGGGUCCCGGCACCAUCCUCCUCAUCAUCCUCUGCCUCAGUGUGACGGCUUACUUCAUCAUAGGAUCAUGUGCGCUUCGGCCGUUCAGGACUAGUAAUGGUGUUCAGAUAGCUCCAGAAGACAGUGUUUGGUGUAUGAUCUGCUGUCAGCUGACCGUCAGGAGAAAGCGCCGCUGCUCACUGAGAGACACACUGUGAUGUAUCUGACUGCAAGUGAGAGCCGGACCGAAGACACGCCGAGGAAGAAAAAAUACACUCCGAUGGGACAUCAUGUGUUACAUAACUCUCACUAUUUCAUAUAUUUCAAAUGCAUAUACAUGGAAAUUGAAUUUGUUUGCUGAGGUGUGACCUAAAAUUUUAUUUUAUUUUUUACAAAUAAGUAGGCUAACUUUUAUAAUAUAAGGAUGCAUUAAAUUGAUCAAAAGUGACAAUACAGAUAUUUACAAUGUCACAGAAGAGUCUAUUUCAAAUAAAAGCUGUUCUAUUCAGCAAAGAAUCCCGAAAACAAAAAUAUAAAGCUGUUUUCAACAUCGAUAAUAAUCAUAAAUGUUUCUUGAGCAGCAUAUCAUCAUAUUAGAAUGAUUUCUGAAGGAUCAUGUGACACUGAAGACUGG